AUGUCUGUUGAUGAUGGAUCAAGCCUCAUCUCGAUCCUAUCUACCGAUCAUGGUCGGCUAAGACGAGAACAGCGUGACAUUCGCAAACGAGACUUUUCUAAAGCUAUUCGCUAUGGUACUUCGGAACGAUCGUGGGGACGCCGAUGGAAGCUGGAGUACGACGGGAUCAUUUUCAUUGUUGACGACACCAUGUCACGUGAAGUUACAGCGUAUCCAUCUCCCUUGGCGUUCGCUCCUAUCGACACCAAGGACCGUAUCUUACAUAAUCGAGCAAACGAUCUUCUCAAGCUGAAGCCUGAACUUUGCACUAGUCAUACGGUUCUUGUGGUUGAUAAUUCUGGAUCGAUGACCACUCAUGAUAUCAUCUUGCAUAAGAAUCGACAGGUUGCCGCCUAUUCUAUCACGGCUAUGGAGUUUGUCGCAGAGCAGUUAUUUCGAAAGACUGUAACCAACGCUGAUGUACUAACUUUGGUCGAGUUUGAUUCUCGGGCUAGGGAGGUCUUCGCAAGGGAGUCCUUUGACUGGGUUUUGUACAACAACCUUUUGUCUCGUCGCGACGACCGAUCAUUCAUUGAACGCCGAGGCUUGGAUACGCUGGAUGCCAUGUAUGGUGACACCAACUAUCUCGAAGCACUCGAUGCAGCAGACCGCGCAUUACAAUCAGUCGAUCACGAUCGAUGUGCGCUGUCGCUCUUCUUUUUGUCUGAUGGUGCCCCAACGGAUGCACGGUCAUUGGGUAUCACAAAAGAAAUAGCCAAGGAUCGAAUGAUGGCCAAGAUGAAAGAUAUGGCUACCAAAUACGGAGACAAGCUCAAUGUGCACAUGGUGAGCUUUGGAGCAAUUGGCCAAGACUUCUCAGUAAUGAGAGCGAUGGCAGAAGCAGUCUCCGCCGCGGAUAGCGGUGCCAAGUCAGACUUUGUCUAUUGUGGCAAGGCUGCAAACAAAAUUGAAUCAGCUGUGAGUAGCCUGGUGAGUAGUACAACAAUGACCCGAACCCAUCUCUUAAGCAGUGACCGUGGAAAAAAUCGAACAAAGCGCAAUGUCCAGCUUGAAAGUGGAAACAGUCAAGAUCAAUGGAACUAUUUUCCAAUUAGCGGACACUUGGUGUACGAUACCGAAAAUGAUCGAUUCGUCGACAUGAUGGGACUCCCUACUGGAUCCUUUGUUGGUUCAGAUGAGAAAUAUGGAGAAAACCAUCUCAAUGAAUUACACGAAAACCCACCUCCGUUUCUUGCUAUCAAUAGAGAAGCUUUUGGCGUCGGAGCUGAGCGUAUAGCAACAAGAUGCUAUCUGGCGGCUUCCAAAUCUGAACAUACGUUUGAGUUGCAAGCAAUGGUAGCUAAGGAAACAAACCUUGUCGAACGACCUGCCGAUAAUGUUGAAUUUCACAAGACUUUCUGUGAAACUCAAGACCUCGCAGCUUACCUGGCGUACGAGUUCAACACACUCCUCGUGGGAUUGCCAUGGUAUGAAAAGGAUAAGACGCCAACCAUUGCUUUUCUUCCUUGUUCUAUUCUUGUUCUGGAUGACCCCGAUUGGCCAUUCCGUGGAGUACUGGUAGAGAAAAAGCUUAACGUGGAAAAGUACGGUUGGCGAAAGUAUAACGAUAAUGCUGGGGGUGUCGAUGGGAAAUACUAUCAUGCGCCACUUGACAUAGAACGAGAAUUUCAAAAGUUGGAUGAAGUUCAAGACAUGAUUAUUGAAGAAGAAAGCGAAGAAGAGUCGGAAGAGGAAGACGAAGCGCAAGACAAUCAUGUGGCGCUUGCCGAUGGUCGAAAAAUUGAGAAGAAUGACGCAGUCGAGCCAACAGACUAUGUACAAGCCUUUACUCAUUUUACGUACCUCUUCACAGCAAGGCAGGUGAUGGUCUGCGACUUGCAAGGUGUCUACAACUACGAUCUUGUUCCUCCGACCUUCGAAUUGACCGAUCCUGCUAUCCAUUAUAGGUCCAAGAAAGGCCGGCGUCAUGUAUUUGGCCGUACGGACGAUGGAGAAGCUGGAAUGGACAAGUUCUUCAAGACUCACAAAUGUAAUCAGGUUUGUAAGAUGAUGCAGCUCAGUCGCAGAAACAGGAACUGGAGAAAGAAGUGGCGCACUGACCACAAACCGCACAGAGGAAGAAAAAAUGCCCCUGGAGUUGCUCAUAAGCCACCUCCCCCAAGUACAAUUCGUGGCUUUUUGCGAAGCAAAAUGGGAUGGGAGUGA